CUUAGGGUCGCGGCGGCCGGUCCAACCCAAUCGUGCCAUUGGUGCUGCGGCGGAGUCGGCUACUGGGCGGCGCAGACGAGAGCCACCGAGCGAGGGAUCGAGCGAUGGCGGCGGCGGCGGCGCUGCGGGGGAUCGGCGCGAAGCUGUCGGCGAACCCGGAGAAGGUGACGAGCGCGCUGCUGCUGGGCUCGUUCGUGGCGCUGGCGUUCCGGUCGUCGGAGCAGCAGGGCGAGAUCGACGAGCUGGAGGCCCGCAAGUCCUCCCUCCGCGCCGCCAACUCCGCCAUGUCCUCCACCAUGUGGGCCUGGAGGGAGGAGCUCGUCAAGCUCGCCGCCAUGCCCUCCCCGCCCAUCACUGCCGCCCGCCUCCGCCACAUCUACGGCGAGGAGGACCUCGCCGUCCCGGCGCCCAAGCCGUCAGGCCCGGAUGCCGAGGAGGAACAUGUUCCCCUAAAAAUAACAUGAACUCUUCCCCAAUGCUUGCUGUCAAAUUGCAGAACUGGUCCAGAGUAGCUUUGCACUGAGUUGCAAAUAUGAUUUCCAUUGACCUAAUAUAAAGAACCAUGCCUCCUUGUGGCGCUGUUUUAUACGCAGCUAAUGAACAGUGCUGAGGUAGUCUUGUGUAGAAGCUCAGAUGUUGUUGUCCUUGCACUUAUAUCUUCUGCCUGAAUAUCCUUCACAUACAAACAAUUAUGAGAUGUAUAGCUCUCGUUUGAGCUCAGAUAGGGCUUUGGUUGUGCCGA